CGACAACCCCUCAGUCCUCAGGGCAAGGCUCUCAAGUUGGGAAGAGAACUCUUUCAUUCUAUUGUGAUCUAUACAUAAUUGUCGUAUUUCGCCUUCAAGUCUCCCAACUCGCGACCUUGUUGUGUUCGAUCUCUUGAUUCAGCUUCCAUCUUCACAAUGAGCGGCAAGUCUAUUGCCUCUUCAUCGGCACCUGGGGCCUCUCCAUCCGGCUCAUCGGCAGGUCCUCAAAGCUCACUGCGAACAAUUACCUUAAUCUUACUGCCAGUUCUAUCUCUUACUGGGGCAUUUGGCACCUGGUUUCUCUCAGACCGCAAUGGCACCUUCGCCAUGAUUGGGGAGAUCCUGACGCAAGAAACCGUUUAUUUUCCAGGGACAAAUGAUCUCCUCGUGAAAAGCUAUACUGGAAUUGAAUUUAUUGAUGCUCAGUUAGUGGUUCUGAUCACAUUCUUUGCUCCGUUUUUGGAUGUGAAAAACGUCGAGUCGACACUGUUCAGCCUGUUUGGCUUCGGUCAGUUUGGUGCUGCUUGGACCUUGUUGAUGAUGGAGAGUUUGAGGUCUGGGAAUGAAGGAAAACUUGUCAGCUUUAUUGGUAUAGUUGGCCUGAUCUUUCAAUGCAUCAGCUUCACAGUUACAAUACCCUUAUACUUAUUUGUACACCUCCUCACGUCACCGGUUGCAAGAGCAUUUACGGGGGCACAUGCCAACAGCGUUAUCCCUGUCUCGUCCCUGGAUCUUAAGAUACUCCCGCUGUCGACUAUAGUUGGGUAUAUCAUUCCAUCAAUCCUGAUGGCACUUCAAUCACCGUCAGUGGUCUCUCCAGAUGCUCACCAACUAUACAUUGCGAUUUGGCAAGCAUUCCCUCUAUGGGCUGUUCUCAUACAAUCGUCAAUCACAUUUCUCUGCAGAAUUUUCACAGAUCAAGCAUCAAAAAGCGACUCCCGUCAAUCUGUCUCCUCUGGAAUACCCUAUCUCAAUAAUGUGAAGCACGUUUACAGAUUUGUGAUCGCCUUCAGCAUAAUCACACAUAUACCGGUUAUCGCCAUCACCCUUCUGCCACCCGAGAUCUUCCCGGAUUGGGCAUCAGAUCUCAUCCAACUCUCACAUAGCAGCUUCUAUGAAGUCUAUGUGCCCUAUUUCCCCGUGCUCAGCCAUCAGGUUUCCAGCCUCGCAGAAGGAGUCCACAACUUCCUACUCUGGGAUCUAUAUGUUGGUUCAGCCUCAGUUCUGGUUUGGGCGAUUCUGUUAUAUCGAAAUGCAGCAAGUGAGAAACCCCAAGAUGGGGCCUUUUGGAAAAUUGCUUGGAAGGUCACAACAUGGACUUUGGUUUCAGGGCCAAUGGGGGCGUCUGCUAUUUUAUUGUGGGAAAGGGAUGCAAUCUUAGGACAGAAGGUCAAGCGGGGGGUAUAGGGAUCGAUAGUAUAGUCUUGGAGAGGUUGGUUCGCCAUAACGGUGAUAGUAGUCUCCAUUGUUUUAAGAGCAUGAAAACAUUCUCGUUGGCAC